CAUGGGCCCCGUGGGCAAACAGAGCCCCUCAUCCCUGCCGGUCCCCGCGGGGGGGUCCUGCCUCAUCCUCCUCUUUUGCUUGCGCUUGGGUGCUUCCUGCCCACAGAGCUGCCAGUGCCCUGAGCACGCUGGGGCCGUGGCCGUCCACUGCAGCGCCAGGGGCCUGCAGGAGAUCCCCAAGGACAUCCCCGCCAACGCUGUGCUCCUGAAGCUUGAUGCCAACAAGCUCACCCACAUCCCUAACGGAGCCUUCCAGCACCUGAACCAGCUGAGGGAGCUGGACUUGUCCCAGAACACCAUUGAAACCAUCGGCCCCGCUGCCUUUUCGGGCCUGGCUGGGGGCCUGCGGCUGCUGGACCUGUCGCAUAACCGCAUCCGCAGGAUUCCGAAGGACGCCCUGGGCAAGCUCAGCGCCAAGAUCCGCCUGUCCCACAACCCCCUGCACUGCGAGUGUGCGCUGCAGGAGGCCCUGUGGGAGCUGAAGCUGGACCCCGAGUCUGUGGACGAGAUCGCCUGCCACACGGCCGCGCAGGAGGAGUUCGUGGGCAAGCCGCUGAUCCAGGCUCUGGACUCCGGGGUCAGCUUCUGCAGCACCCACCGCAAGACCACCGACGUGGCCAUGCUGGUCACCAUGUUCGGCUGGUUCGCCAUGGUGAUCACCUACGUCGUGUACUACGUGCGCCAGAACCAGGAGGAUGCCAGGAGGCACCUGGAGUACCUGAAGUCCCUGCCCAGCGCCCCCGUGUCCAAGGACCCCAUCAGCCCAGUGCCCUAGUGCCUG